CAUUAAGCUUCAUUCUAGCUUUUGGGCGGUCAACCAUAGCUGCUUGGCCAUGGACUCGUUAAUACCAUUCACAACGUCCGGAUCACUUGUGGAUUGCGUGGACAGAAAGAUGCUCGUCAUUCUUCGCGAUGGUCGAAAACUACAUGGGGUCCUUCGUUCUUAUGAUCAGUUUGCCAACUUAGUGCUUGAGGAUACUGUCGAGCGAAUAUAUCAUGGCAAUGCUUUCGCGGAGCAUUGGCAUGGCCUGUUCUUGAUUCGCGGGGAAAAUGUUGUUCUGCUAGGAGAAGUUGAUUUGGAUCAAGAAGACGACGUUCCGUUGAGACAAGUGGAUUAUCAAGUACUUGACCCGUACCAUAGGAAUGACAUAGCUCAGAAGAAGCUUCAUGACGAGGCUAAAGCCAAAAUAUUGUACGAGCAAAGGGGCUUUUGUAAGGAAGGGGGGGAAGGAGAUGGCUAUUGAUGUAGCAUAUCCGCAGAGCGUAUUUGUUUCCCUCAAAGCUGCAAGCUCACAGAUCUAUGCAGGUCACUCCAUUCGUAUUUUGAAUGAUCAGGUAAAAUGCGAUUAAAA